UUAACAGGAGGCAUUUCUGCAAUUAAUUUCUCUGCUUCUUGUGGCUGAGUCUGUGUGUCUAAGAUGAGAAUUGAUCCUCUAAAAGGCUGAGAGGAUUUUAUUUGUUUUUCUGGGUCUAAAUCAUAAAGGGAUCAAGAUGCCUGGAUGCCACAGGUGGUCGAUGAUGAGCUGGCAGACCAUAUGUGUGCUGCUGGUGGUCGCACAGAUAAAAUCUCAGCGCAGAGAAGAAAGUGGUGUAUCUUUGCUCCAGCUGAUUGGAGAUCCUCCACCUGAUUCAAUAACCAAAGUUUCUGGGCGUAUAGGAGAACCUGCCUACAGGUUCACUUUGGCAGCAUCGUCUGGACAGCCAGCCCGGGCACACGUCCCCAGUCCUUUCUACAGGGACUUCACUCUCAUUUUCAACAUCAAGCCUUCCACUCCUGCCGCCUCUAUUCUCUUCUCCAUAACCGAUAGUUCCCAGAAGCUCAUGUACAUAGGUGUGAAGCUCAGCACAGUACAGUCAGGCCAUCAAAAGAUCCAGUUCUUCUACACUGAACCCGAUUCUGAAGCUUCAUAUGAGGCGGCCAGCUUUGACGUGCCAAGCCUUGUGAACAAAUGGACCCUUUUUGCCCUGUCCGUGAAUGACGAGCAGCUCAGAUUUUACCAAGAAUGUGACACGGAUCCACAAGUGGUGAGGUUUGAGCGCUCUCCUGAUCCAAUGGACCUGGACACAGGAAGUGGGAUCUUUGUGGGUCAAGCAGGAGGAGCAGAUCCAGACAAGUUUGAGGGCGAAAUUGCAGAGCUGAAACUCGUGGGAGACCCUCAGGCAUUUCAGCGUUACUGUGACUACGAUGGUUACCCUGAUGAAGGUUCUGGUGACGGUGGCAGUGGUGAAGCUGACAGGAAACAGAAAGGGAACACUGUGAUGACUACUUCUCCACCCCUCCGUCCAGUCCCUGUGCCCCCACUUAAAAACCCAAAAGAUGCCAGAAUCGGAACCUCAGAAAAACAAAGAGUAACUAUACAACAGCUGAUUGGAGACCCUCCACCAAAAGGGAUUGAGGCAGUUGUACAAGCGGGGGAGACGUCCUACAGAUUUAUCUCUGAUGCAAAGACAGAACAGCCCGCCUUGGCUCAUGUCCCCAACCCUUUCUACCGCGACUUCUCCCUCGUCUUUGAAUUUAAGACCUACAAUCCAUCCGCCGCCGUCCUCUUCUCCAUCACGGACGGGUCAGAAAAGCUCAUACACAUCGGUGUGAAGCUUAGCGCAGCACGGGCCAACCGUCGGAUGGUGAAGUUCUUCUACACCAAACCCGGGUCUGCGGGUUCGAACGAGAUGGCCAGCUUUGAGGUGCCAGAUACCACCCUGCCUUACGUCUUUGCAUUGUCAGUGCUUGGGGAUCAGCUGACUUUCAACACGGGCUGUGAGAAGGAACCAGAAGUGGUGAAGAUUCAGCGUUCUCCUGAUCCGAUAGUGCUCGACCAAAGGGCCAAGAUCUUUGUGGGUCAGGCAGGAAAGGCUGACAACGACACAUUUAAGGGACUAUUCUCGGACUUUAGACUGGUGGGAGACCCUGAUGGAUUUCAGCGUUUUUGUGACUAUGAGGAUUACAAUGAUAGAAAUUCUAAAGUGAGUGCUUUGGGCCCCGACAGCGUGUCGACACUCUCCACAGAAACCAGAAUCUCAGUAGCCAAAGGGGAGAAGGGUGACAAUGGACAGAAAGGCUCCAACGGGGACCGAGGUCCUUCUGGGCCGAAGGGGGAUUCAGGCAGCAGCUCAGGCUCAGGUGUUUCCUCUCAGGGUGGAGAACGAGGAGAGAAAGGAGACAAAGGUGGAAAGGGUGAGCCUGGCUUUGGAUACCCUGGCAAAAAGGGUGAACGUGGUGUACAGGGGCCCCGUGGUCCUCCUGGUCCUCCAGGACCUGCGGCCGAGGUUCUCCAACUGGGUGACGGCUCUGUUGUGCAGCAGGUGGCUGGUCUCCCUGGACCACCAGGGCCACCAGGCCUGGAUGGGGCUGAAGGACCUCCAGGAGUUGACGGAGAGCCUGGAGAUCCAGGAGAGGAUGGGAAGGCUGGUCCUGCAGGGCCGCAGGGUAUUCCAGGAAUUCCAGGAACACCUGGCAUAAAAGGCCAAAAGGGUGAAGCUGGAGAGGGCUCGCCUGGACCAAGAGGUCCCCCAGGUCUUCCAGGAUCUCCAAGACCUGGCACUGGUGAUCGUCCAACAUUUGUUGACAUGGAGGGAUCAGGAUUCCCAAACUUGGAAAAUUUCCGGGGUGCAGAUGGUCCCCCUGGCCCCCCAGGUCCCCCUGGCCCUCCUGGGAUCCCUGGUACUUCAGUAGCCAUCGGCCCUGGCGGCCCGAUAGCUUUUGGAACCCCUGGACUACCUGGAAAAGACGGAGUACCUGGUCUCCCAGGCCCCCCUGGUCCUCCUGGUCUUCCUGGUAGGCCUGGGCCCAGAGAAGAAAAGGGUGAUAGUGGUGAUCUUGGUCUUCCGGGUCCAGCUGGAGAAAAGCAAAACACAACGGACUCCAACCCUUUCAAUUACCUGUUCUCUUUCUUUGCUCCAUCCUCUACGGGUGCUCAGGGCGAUCCAGGAAGGACCGGCACACCUGGGCAGACUGGUUUGGCAGGACUUCCAGGUCCCAUGGGACCAGUCGGGCCCCCAGGGCCUCCUGGACCACCAGGUCCACCAUACCUUGCUGGCAGUGGUGAUAAAAAUGAGGUGCUUAAUGCCUUGUCUGGCCUCAGAGGUCCACCUGGACCACAGGGUCCACCUGGCAUUGCUGGUCUACCUGGUAAGCCAGGUUUUCCAGGUGACCAUGGAACUAAAGGAGCAGAAGGACCACGGGGACCUCCUGGGAUUCCAGGCAUUGAUGGAUACCCUGGAACACAAGGUACAAAGGGAGACAGAGGAGAGAAGGGAGAGAUGGGUACUCCAGGUCGAGAUGGUGGACCACCUGGACCACCUGGGCCUCCUGGAUCACCAGGACAGAUUGUAUACCAUCCAUCAAGAGAUGGAGGAUCAGGGCGAGCAGGAUUCCCAGGACCUGAGGGACCAAAAGGAGACAAAGGGGAUGCUGGUCCUCCAGGAUAUGCUCCUAAGGGACAGAAAGGAGAGCCUGGUAUCAUCAUGCGGCCUGAUGGGAGACCUUUAUAUCUGGAAGGCCUGACAGGACAGCUGGGUAAAAGGGGAAUUCCUGGAGCAGAGGGACCUCCUGGUCCUCGGGGUCCCUUCGGACCAAAAGGAGAGAUUGGCAUGCCUGGAAGACCCGGUCGACCGGGAUUAAACGGGGUCAAAGGAGAGAAGGGAGACUCGGGCAGCGGGUCCGGAUAUGGUUACCCUGGCAUCCCAGGUCCUCCGGGGCCUCCAGGACCUCCUGGACCUUCCGGAGCGUAUGAGGAGUACUCAAGGUCUCACGCAGUUAAAGGAGAGAAAGGUGAUCCCGGCCCACCAGGAACACUUGAAAUUCAAGGUCUGGGAAAAGGCUUUGACUUUUACACUUUAAAGAAUGAGUUGAAAGGUGAGAUCGGCUUAAAAGGGGAGAAAGGAGAACCAGGAGGAGGAUAUUAUGACCCCCGACAUUCAGGAGGUGCAGUUGGCCCACCAGGAGCACCUGGACCUCGAGGCCCAAAAGGAGAAUCAAUUGUUGGUCCACCGGGCCCUCAGGGACCUCCUGGAACACCAGGAAGAGGCUAUGAUGGUCAACCUGGACUGCCAGGGCCACCAGGACCUCCAGGGCCAUCCUUGUCUGGACCCUAUGGGGGAACACAGACUAUCAGUAUUCCUGGACCCCCAGGACCUCCUGGAGCUCCAGGUGUUCCAGGACUCUCCUCAGGGGUGACGGCGUUCAGAUCUUAUGAAAUCAUGGCGGCCGCAGCUAGAAGACAGCCUGAAGGGUCUCUGGUGUACGUGAUCGACCAAACGGAUCUCUAUGUACGAGUCCGAGAUGGAGUUCGACAAGUUCAGCUUGGAAACUACAUUCCUUUACCAAUUGAAUCUGGUGUGACAGUUGAGGAGUUGCCCCCCAUCAUCCAGGCCCCAUCACAGCCUAAACCAGAUUCUAAUCCCCGAUACCGUCCCGACACACAAUACCAGACGGAUCUUCUUUACCCACAGCCCUCAAAUCCCAGAUAUCCGAGUUAUACGGACCGCUUCAACCAGCCAGACGGUCGCUAUUUAGACCCCCGCUACCCAGUCACCCGUCCUCGGAGACCCCCGCCUUCUGUUCCCCAGGUUCCCAUCCACAGACACACCUCAGGACCAGCGCUCCACAUGAUUGCGCUGAACAGCCCUCAGACGGGUGGUAUGCGAGGCAUCUCCGGCGCAGAUUUCCUUUGCUUCAGCCAGGCCCAGACCAUCGGGAUGAAGGGAACUUUCCGAGCCUUCCUGUCCUCCAAACUGGAAGAUCUCAAUAGCAUCGUUUACAGCUCUAACAGGGAAAACGUGCCAAUAGUCAACCUGAAGGAUGAGGUUUUGUUUGACAGUUGGAACAACAUUUUCGGCGAUGGCAGAAUUAAGGACAAUGUUUCAAUCUACUCCUUUGACGGCAAAGAUGUUCUCAGAGACGACACAUGGCCAGAGAAGAUGAUAUGGCACGGGUCAACUAGCAGGGGACAGCGGCACAUCGACAAUUACUGCGAGGCGUGGCGUGUCGGAGAUCGGGCGGUGACGGGUAUGGCGUCACCGCUGCAGAGCCAAAGCCUGUUGCAGCAGAGCUCCAGCAGCUGCUCCAGCUCCUACAUCGUGCUGUGUGUUGAGAACAGCUACAUCCACGACAGCAGGCGAAGAUAAUAGCACAAAAAGCUAGAAUGCAGUCCAAACACACUUUCAUUUGUCUUUACACCAUUUGUCUUGCUUUGUAUAUAUGUUUUUUAUCAACAAUUAUCACUUUGCUUGUUUAGCCUGGAUUUAUGGUGCUAGAGAGAAUCAGCCCACAUGACAAGAUAAAACUUUGGUGACCUACUAAUUAGUAACUCAGCCUUUGGCAGCUGUAGUUGGUGUCUGCUUAUAUAUUACCAGCAAGAAGCAGCUAAAAGAUUUGCCUUCCUCCAGCUUGGAUUUAAACAACUGAGACUGGCUUAACUGAAAGCUGUUAGUCAGUCAGACCACCAGUGAGAUCCCCUGUCUAACGUUGGAGGCAUAUCAUUGUUUUAUCGCUUAUGUUUAACUAUAUAUAUUAUUUUGUUUCUGGGUUUAGCAACUGCUUUCCUACUCUCAGAUUAAGGUGGACAAUGAAAUAAUUUGACUUCAUUGUGGUUAAUUCAUCCACAGACCAUAGCUCUACCAAACCCAUCCAAUGUCUUCCACCUAUCAAUUUUUAGGUAAAAUGGGUAGCUGAGAUAUCCCUCUUCCAAAUAACUUUCUACCGCUUAUUUUGGGGGACCUCAGGGCGUCCCGAGGCUAGAAGGAAUGUAUAGUUCCUGAAGUGGGUUCUGUGUCUGUCCUAAGGCGUCUUCUCAGUGACAAAUGCCCCGAAAACCUCCAAAGGGAGGCGCAUCCAAACCACCUCAAUUGACUCCUUCACUGUGGAGGAGCAGCCGUUCUACUCCAAGCUUCUCCCUGGAUGUCUGAUCUACUCACCCUAUCUCUUAAGGCUGAGCUUAGCCACCCUCAGAGGAAGCUUUUUCAGUCGCUUGUAUCCGGGAUCUCAUGAUCAUAAGUGAGGGUCAGAAUGUACACAGAGUCCUUUGCUUUUUGGCUUAGCUCUUUCUUCACCGUGACAAACCUGAUCCAUCUAUCCAUCUUCCUGCUACCAUCACUCAUGAAUAAGAUACUAGGAUACUUAAACUCCUCCACUUAAGAUACAGACUGACGCCAACCCAGGGGGAGCAAUCUAACUUUUUCCUGGUUUAGAAACAUGGCUUUACAGUUAAAGAAGGUGAUUGCCAUCCCGGCUGCCUCACACUGGAAUGCAUGCUGAAGAAUCCCAUAGUCUACAGACCAAAACCAAAGAUUAGUCCCUGAGGUUCCCAAAACAGCCACCCUUCUCUCCACAACUAGGCCUUGAGAUCCAGUCCAUUAAAACCACAUACAGGAUCAGUGACAAGGACUAGCCAUGGAAGAGACCACCUUGCACUGGAAAGUAGCUCAAUUUGGUGCCAAGAAUGCGAACACAGCUCUUGCCCCCAGUCUUCAAGAACUGAAUCACCCCUUUAAAGCAUCUUUGGGCCCCCCACAAAAUACCUUGGAGUACAAGGCUGUAAGCCUUCUCCACAUCCACAAAAUCAAUUUGGACUGGACAGCUAAACUCCCAUAAAGGUACAUAUCCGAUUCACUGUUCCACAUCCAGGAUUAAAGCCACAGUGCUCUUCCUAAAUCCAAGGUUUAACAGUUCAUCCAGAGCUGUGGUUCCGGAGCCUUCUGAAGUGGCAGUGGUGUUGUUUUGGUCCUCCAUGCGUCUGAGAGAGUGUGUCAACUAUAACAGCAACACAAUGCCCAGAGCCUCCAGUAUUUUGGGACAAAUGUUGUCCACUACUGGCAUCCUGAAAUCAGGGAGUUUUUUAACUACCAUGGCGACCUCUGUCAUAAUGAUGGACUCGCCUUCUCCCGAGUCAUUAAGUUCUGCCUCCUUUGUAGAAAACGUCGCUUCAGAAAAUCCUCAAAGUACUUCUUCCACCCCUCAAAAAAUUCCUCUGUCCAGGUCUGGAGCUGACUUAGAAAGGGAAUAUUUCUGCAAGAAUUCAGAAAAGAUUCUCAACUAAAAAACCUGUUGGAGGGAUGUACCAGUGGAACCAGUCUCAACAAUAAGUUUUCUGUCUUUGUUACAGUUCAAAGACCUAAAAGUUGUUGGGAUAAGUUACUUUUACAGUGUCCUCCACACUAAUUGUCACCCAAUAUGAUGAUGUGCAAAGACAAUCAAGAUGCCAGGCACUUGUAACAUGGUACCCAGGGUCUUUGGAAGAGAAACAGCCCCAAAGCAUCACAGACUCUUCACCAUACUUAGCAUCCUCAAGGACCCACCUAAACUUGGGUUCUUGUUCAGUUUUGUUAUCGUAGUUUGGUUGUUUACAUUUUCUGCCUUAUGAGGACUCUGCUUCACCUGGAAGCUAAAGGGCAAAACAUAGUUGCGUGUACUUGACUCCGCGUACAUUGGCACGGACGACUGCCAAAGAUAUCUGUGCAAAGCUCGAUUUUUAUGACCGCGUACACGGUGACACAUGACCGCCGGCUGGUUGGCGGGAAAAAGCCUCCACAUUGAACUGUUUUAUAUGUGAAACUGCUCCUAGCAGCCGGUCGCGAGUAUAUGCAGCGUCACGGCCACUAUUUGGCUCCCACUGAUAGGUCUAUUUCUCUUCUUUGUCCCUAGUCUGGUUUAAUGACCUUUAACAUCACCUUCUUUUCUUUUUGUUUUUCCAAAGCUAUACAGCAAAUUAGUUCUGCCUUCCCGUCCGAUGAUGCCAUGGCAGAAAGUGUUGGAAAUGUCGGCAUUUGUCACCAGAAAUACAGGAAAUUGGUACUCUACUAUGAAGCUGUGGACAGUGAGUCCGCUCAGCUCACAGUAUGCCAGACUAUGUUCUGCCCUUACGUUCACUUGUCUAUUCCAUGUUGUAGAGUGGCUAAGAAAAAUUGGGUGCUGGCAGCUCUCAAAUUAAAUAUUUUUUCUGUAUUUUACCUGGAACUGAUGAAGCUACUGGGAUAAAACUACAUAUGAGGCUUUUAACACAUUUUUAAGAGUGAUCCCAAAUAAUGUAGAGGGUGCUUUUUGUACAGUAUUUCAAACUGACUGGGCAAAUGAAAGAUAUGAGGUGAAAUGAAAAGGAUUUGUCUCUGUGAAAUGUAUGUUUUUCACUUCUUUACAUUGACUGCGGCCCACAGGACGAGUAUUAUCCAUUUAUCACUUUGCUAAAAGCAGAUAUUUUAUGGGAAGAAACUUGUGCCAUCAGAAACUGAAUUUGAAUUGCUCAGAUUGAAUCUGUAUUUGUGUAAUUUGAAAUUAAAUGCAUUGGUUUGAAAAUGAA